GCCGCCGCCGCCUGUUUUGGCUCGUGAACAAAGUCAGUGGGUUCAUUUGCCAAUGGCGUGCCCACUGAACGACGACGACGUUAUCGUCGAGCACGACGCGAUCCUUGGCCACGGCGUCGACGGGACCGUCUACAAGGGCGUCUUCCGCGGCCAGCUCGUGGCGGUCAAGGAGCUCCACACGCCGGGCACGAGCGACGUGCGCCGCCUCAUCGCAUGCUCGAGUCCACAUGUCGUCCGCAUCUUAGCCCACAACCAGACACAGCUAGUCCUUGAAUACAUGGACAUGGGCAACCUCCGCGCCCAUCUCGAUAUGGCGAUCAAGACGUCGUCGACGAUCUCGCUUCUCUUCAAGCUCCAGAUCGCGUUUGGACUUGCUCAAGCGCUCGCGCAUCUCCAUAGCAUUGAUAUGGUCCACGGAGCACUCAAGUCGGCCAAUGUCCUUUUGAGCACUACGAAGGGCGUCAAAUUAGCCCAUGGCGGGAUCGCGGGACCCCGCACCGAGGCGCUGUGGAUGACGGCCGGCGCGCCGUUCUGGACGGCCCCCGAAGCGCUCGAUGCAGACGCUUUGCUGCAACCGUCGGCCGACAUUUACUCGCUCGGCGUCAUUCUCGCAGAGCUCGAUACGCUCAAGCGACCGUAUACAAACACGACGAUGAACUCAUUUGCGGUACUCAACGACGUCCGAGCGGGCACCCGCCUGCCCGAGCUCAGCGCCGAGUGCCCCGCGUGGUACCAGCGCCUCACGCUGGCGUGCUUGGCGUUUGGUCCGGCGGCGCGGCCGUCGGCGGCCGACGUGGUCCUGUGUCUGCGCAAGCAGCUCGGCGACGAGUCGAGUAUCGCCUAAGAUACGAUCGUAUUUGCCUGUCGACCAGAAUUGGAGGUUCGUUUAUGGAUAAAGUUAAUAGAGUAGGAUGCCACAAA